AUGACUGAAAGACUAAUGAUGAUCCAUAAUCAUAUUAGAGAUAAAGAAGAUUCAGAAUUUAUAGAACUGUUCCCAUUCAUGAAUAGGAAAGAAAGAGUUAAAUAUGAAAAAUCAAAUUUUCAAAGUGGCUAUAAGUUCCCAUUAACAGAAGGUAAUAUCACUAUACAUGUAUCACCUAAAGUUUACAGUAAACCCGAAGAUAUCGAAAGUAUAAUAUUGAAUAAUUUUGUUGAAGAAGGACAGAGUAAUCUCAUAUUGAAUCUUCAAGAUGAUUGGGAUACUGAAUUGUUAGAACAUGAGUAUGAUCAUAUCAUAAUCACUGCAAGGAAAUGGCAAGAAACCAUUGAUGAAACUAUAGAAUUAAUUAAAAGACUUCAUCCAAACACCAAGGUAUCGCUUUGUUACAAAGAAAUCACCAUACUAGAUUCUAAUGCAGAUAUAGUGGUAGUACCUUUCAAAGAGAACAAAAUCAUCAGCAUAACUUCAGACAUCAAACCUCCAAAAGAAUUUGUCGAAUUUGAAGAUAAUAAAUUCGAAGUACUGAAUUUUUAUAGAUCAUUGGAUGAAAGUAAAAAUCAUUACAAAAUUUGA